AUUAAACCCUCCACCUUCCAUUAUUCUUUUUCUUGUUUAUCUCAGUCGAUCUAGAGCCCUCCUAGCAUUGAAUCAUCAAAAUCAGCACAAAAUCCCGUAGAUCGCCCACCGGAAGCGUUGUCCAUCGCGGCGCUCCGUCUCCGGUUGCCACUAGCUGGGUUAUUUACCAAAUUCCAUCCAACGAAUCCCAUUGACCACCCCUCUCACCUUAUCCAUAUAAAUUCUUCCUGAAAAAAUCCCUAAGCCUCCGAUUACGGCCUACAAAGCUUAUCUUAAUAUUCCCCUUUCAUACUCCACAUCAAAGCAUCCUUAAAGUUAUUAUCAUUGUGGUGUCGGUGUUGGAAAUUGCUUGCCUUUGAUUCUGUAGGUAUUUGUAUUUCCAGCAACUAUGUCAGGGAAUUCUAGCUGCAGCGUAUACAUAGGUAAUUUGGAUGAAAGAGUAAGCGACAGAGCUCUAUAUGACAUUCUUAUCCAAGCAGGGAGGGUAGUAGAUUUGUAUAUCCCCCGAGACAAGGAAACCGAUAAGCACAAAGGAUUUGCCUUUGUGGAAUACGAAAAUGAGGACGUUGCUGAUUAUGCUGUCAGGCUUUUCUCUGGCCUUGUCACUCUCUAUAAUCGGACCUUGAAAUUUGCUAUUUCUGGGCAAGACAAGACUUCACAGAACCCUCCCUAUGCAGCCAUGCCUGCUACAAAUUCAUCCUACAAGUCAAGGCAUCAGCAUGGAGUAGCUAACCACAUGGAAGUCUCUCAGCAACUAAAGAGGUCAUCAACCCCUUCUAGGGUUCCAGAUUAUCCUGCACGUUACACCCAAGUGCUACCUCCACCUGGUGUUGCUCACCACUCUAAUGGGUAUGGAUUACAUUUCAAUGAUACCAAUUAUGAAUACAGUCGAAGGGUUUUGGGGGCAACAUUGGAUAGCUUUAGUCGCCCUAGGUCACGUCGUUAUGGAACAAGUGACCCAAUUUCAUAUCCAUCUUACUGAUAUUUAUUAUGACAGCUAUAUGAGGGUAAAAUUCUUACAUGACGCGCUUAAUAUUGAUGGAACAAUUGUAAUUAUUCAAACAAGAUAGGUGGUAGAGUUAUGGGUAAGAAGGGGCAAAGUUAGAUCUGAUGUAAGUUAUUUUGUGGUCCCAUCAUCGUUUGUUUAUGAAUAAUACAUUUCAUUGUGUGGUACUAUAUCAUUAUUGUUUUUUU